GUAGGGUGAUUAAGUAAAUAAGCUCUCUCAGCUUCAAGUCAGGACUAGCAGAAAACAGAGUUGUUCGGACGGAAAAGGCAAAAAAAAAAAAAAAAAGAAAAAAAGAAAAAAAAAAAAGAAAAAAAAAGAAGUCUGAAAAAUUAAAAAUAUACAAGGAAAAACCAUAUGAACUAUGAAGGGGUUAUUAAUCAAGCUACAACACCUUAGCGUUAACACGACGUCCUCCAGGGAAAUUUCGAUUUCCUGUGUGUUGCUGACGAGACCAUCAAAGGAAGAAUGUAACUGAACCUUCUGAUCUGAGCAAUGUUGAAGCUUUUCUGGCGCAAACAGCUGCCUUUCUACAAAGACUAUCCUCGGAGUUUCUUAAAAGUGGUUUCUUUAUCAUCAUCACCAUCGCCUUCUGAUCUCACUAAGGCUAUACUCAACUGUAAAACUCCGAAUCAGGCUCUCCAGUUUUUGAAUUUCGAUUCGAAACAGAUAAACCCCAUUAAGAAUCCCGAGCCUUAUUCAGCUGCUGUACACGUGUUAACCGGUGCGAAGUUGUACGUGCAAGCCAGGUGUUUGAUAAAAUACCUCAUUGAAAGCUUCCGAAGUUCUCGCCAUAAAACCCGUUUCUGCUCAUCAGUGUUCGAUGUACUUAAGGAAUUGGAAAGUUCGAAAUUCACUCCCAAUGUGUUUGGAGGGUUGAUUAUUGCCUUCUCUGAGAUGGGUCUGGUUGAAGAUGCCUUGUGGGUGUAUCGAAAACUUGAGGUUUUACCGGCAGUUCAGGCUUGUAAUGCGCUUUUAUAUGGAUUGGUUAAGAUGGAAAGGUUUCAGUCAAUGUGGGAACUUUACAGGGACAUGGUUUUGCGUGGAUUUGAGCCUAGUGUUGUUACUUAUGGAUUGUUGAUAGAUUGUUACUGUUGUCAAGGUGAUGUUUCAAAGGCACGGGAUUUGAUUGAUGAAAUGGUUAAUAAAAGGACUCAGCCAACGGUUGAGGUAUACACGAUUCUCAUUCGAGGUAUGUGCUGUCAGGGUAAGAUGUUAGAUGCAGAAUUAAUUUUCAGAUCAAUGAGGAAAUCUGGUGUGUCUCCAAAUUUGUACACUUACAAUACUUUGAUGGAUGGGUAUUUCAAAAUGGCAAAUAUUAAGAAUGCACUUCAAAUUUAUCAGGACAUGUUAGUUGAUGGUUUGCUGCCAAAUAUCGUUACUUUUGGUAUCUUAAUAGAUGGGCUUUGCAAGAUGGGGGAGUUGACAGCAGCAAGAAGCUUGUUUGCUUGUCUGACAAAGUAUGGCGUUAUUCCUAAUAUACUUUUGUACAAUUGUUUGAUUGAUGGCAAUUGUAAGGCAGGCAAUGUUUCAGAAGCAAUGGCUCUAAUUGCUGAGAUGGAGAAGUUCAAAAUUUCACCAGAUGUCUUUACGUACAGUAUACUAAUCAAAGGCCUUUGUGGUGCGAGCAGAGCAGAAGAAGGGGAAAUUUUUUUGAUGAAAAUGAACAAUGAAGGUAUUCUGGCAAAUUCUGUUGCUUAUAAUUCCCUUAUUGAUGGGUAUUGUAAGGAGGGAAACAUGGAGAAAGCUUUGGAGGUAUGCUCUCAAAUGACAGAAAAUGGUUUAGAACCUAAUGUUGUUACUUUCUCUACAUUGAUUGAUGGCCACUGCAAGGCAGGAAACAUGCAAGCUGCUCUGGGCUUUUACUCGGAAAUGGUUAUAAAGGGCCUUGUCCCAGAUGUGGUGGCAUACACAGCUUUGAUUGAUGGACAUUGUAAAAAUGGUAACUUGAUAGAGGCAUUCCGACUACACAAGGAGAUGUUGGAGGCAGGAUUAAUGCCUAAUGUCUUUACAAUAAGUUGCUUGAUUGAUGGCCUUUCUAAAAGUGGAAGGAUUUCAAAGGCAAUCAAUUUUUUCUUGGAGAAGACUAAAGCUGAUAUCACUGGAAAUGAAAUUGAUGAAAUGGAUGAUGUCUUUUGCUCCCCAAAUCAUGUGACUUAUACAUCUUUGGUUCAAGGUUUGUGCAAUGAUGGGCGGAUAUUUAAAGGAAGCAAAUUUUUCUCAGACAUGAGAUGCAGUGGUUUAGCACCUGAUGUACUCUCGUACGUUGUCAUUUUAAACGGGCAUUUUCAAGCCAAGCAUAUGGCUGAUGUGAUGAUGCUGCAUGCAGACAUGGUAAAGAUGGGGAUCCUGCCAAAUGCUGCCAUGUACAAGGUAAUGGCUAGGGGCUAUCAAGAGAUUGGAGACCUGAAAUCAGCUCUUAGGUGCUCUAAGGAUUUGACUGAUUCAGAACUUGGCUGUAUUGAAUCAAGGGUAAAGCUUUCAUUUGCAAAGUGAAUUAAGGAGAAUAUGUCAGUUAGUGGUUUGUGAUUUCUUAAUGGACGAAUAUUACCCUUUUGGGUUGUGUAUGGGUUUGAUGCCGCUGCUAAAAUUUCAGUGAUUGUCCAUUUGCAAGUUCUAUAUUUAAAGUCAAUGCAACAAGACAAGGGCAUAAGAAUAAGAGUUAUAUGGAUUUUUGGAUGACAAUUCAUUCAUCCGUGAGGUUAUAGGAGCCCAUCAGUCGUGAGCAGUCCACGUCACUUUGCACGAUGCGGAUCAUUCUUGUUCGUGUUUUACAUCCAUAAGCCAGAGAUGUUGUGAUCAAAUAUUAUUUUAAUCGAAGAUGAUAAGAAUUUCAAAUAUGCAUACUUUUCUGAUGUGCCAGAGAGCAAAGAGGAUCAAACUACUCUGCUUCUUGGAAUUUGAGAAAUAUGAACACUGGUUUUGAGGUUCAAUGUCGCAGGUAUAGCCUUUUGGGAUGGGAAAAUAGUAGAUUAGUGCACACGUGAAGUAGCAUCCACUGAACUCACUGUUGAUGGCAUCAACCUCAGGCCUUACGUAACGCCCACUAAUCAUGGGAUAAAGAUGGUUGAGUUUU